AUGGACCUUUCAGAUGUAGAAGAGGACCUGUCCCCUGCGGAUGCCCCAUUUCCUGACUGGAGCGACUCGGAGACGGAGUCAUACCCAGACACGCCCUCGGGCUCCCCACAGCUAGGGCAGACAGAUGGGGAGCAGGAGCAACACCAGGAAUGCUCCCAGGAAGAAGAGCGCGGUUGUCCGGAUGACAGUGUGCCGUACAUCACAGUGGGUUCUGAGGUGGGGCACAAGCUCUGCCUGAGGCUGAAGAGAGACAGGAGGGAUGGACCAGAGGAGAAUCCUGAGGAGGGAGAGGAGAAGAGAGGGAAAACAAGAAUGUUUUCAACUUAUGAGCUGGAGGAGCUGGAGAAGGCAUACAAGCGCGACCCUUACCCAGACAGCUCGGACAAGGACUACCUGGCCACACGGCUCAAGAUCAGCCUAAGGAGAGUUAAGGUGUGGUUCCAGAACAGAAGAAGGAAGGGCCUGAGGCCUGGAGAGCAAAGGCCGAAGAGGAAGGAGAGAAGCUCUAAAGAUGGAGAUGAGAGAGGAGGAAAAAGGAGAAGGGAAAGGUUUUCGCUUGACCAAGUGAGAGAAAUGGAGAAAGUGUUCAAGCAGUUCCCUUACCCAGAGACCCACGUGCGAGAUGACCUGGCCAUGAGAUUUAAGGUCAAACCGGACAGGGUCAGGGUCUGGUUUCAGAACAGAAGAAACAAGUGGAAGACGGGGGAAAAACCAGGACGAAGAGUACCAGAGCGAAGAGACUGCCUCCCAGGCCCUCCACUGUCCCUGGUCCAACAACAUCCUGUGCAGUUUUUAAGAAGAGGAGGUGCUCAUCCAAAAGCUCUUCUAGACCAUCACCACCACCAUCAUCAUCUUAUCCAUCUAACGCCAACUCACACCAUUCCAACCGGUACCUUUACUAAAUCAUGAUAACCUUUACAACUGACAUAUAAUAAAUGGU